GAAAUUCAAGAAAAAAAUAGAAAAUUCUUUCUCAUAUUCAUUUAUUAUUUCCUCGUCAUCGCUCGUGUUAAUAAGUUUCAAAAAUAAUUAAUUAUGCUUCGCGUUAUUGGUCAAGUCGCAAAAAGUUCAAAAAGUGUUAAUGGACAGAAAGAACUGAUCAGGUGUUUGUCAGCAGCACAAGCACAGCCACAAAAGACAAAAAAAGAAGAAAAACAGGCACUUCGUGAGAAAGCAAAGCACAAUCAGUCAUUCGUCCAUAAUCUCUUUCGUGGUCAAGUCGAACAUUCACAAGUCUUUCCAUACCCAAUAGCACUUAAUCAAGAGCAGACUGAAUAUGUCUCAGCUUUCAUCGAUCCAGUUACCAAAUUUUUCUCAGAAGUCAACGACGCUAAUAAAAAUGACAUGAAUGCCGAAGUAGAUGAAAAUACACUAGAGAGCCUUUGGGAACUUGGUGCAUUCGGAUUGCAAGUUCCACAAGAGUAUGGUGGUUUGGAGUUGAACAAUACACAAUUCGGACGUAUGGGAGAAAUUAUCGGUAUGCAUGACUUAGGCUUGGGAAUCGUUAUCGGUGCUCAUCAAUCCAUUGGAUUUAAGGGUAUUUUACUUUACGGAACAAAAGAGCAGAAAGAAAAAUAUUUACCUAAAGUAUCCACUGGAAAAACUUAUGCAGCAUUUGCUCUCACCGAACCAUCUGCCGGAAGCGAUGCUGCCUCAAUUAAAUGUAGAGCAGUAAAGUCUUCUGAUGGCAAGCACUAUAUUUUGAAUGGAUCGAAAAUUUGGAUUUCUAAUGGAGGCAUCGCAGACAUAAUGACAGUAUUCGCACAAACAGAAGUCACAGAUGAAAAUGGUCAAAAGAAGGACAAAGUUACUGCAUUUAUUGUUGAACGAGGCUUCGGUGGCGUUACAAAUGGACCACCAGAAAAGAAGAUGGGAAUUAAGUGCUCCAACACAGCUGAAGUUUAUUUUGAGGACGUUAAAAUUCCAGUUGAAAAUAUUCUUGCCAAAGAAGGUGAAGGUUUCAAAGUUGCAAUGAAUAUUUUAAACAGUGGUCGAUUCGGCAUGGGAAUGACACUUGGUGGAACUAUGCGUCUUUGCAUUCAAAAAGCUAGCGAGCAUGCAACUCAAAGAACUCAAUUUGGCAAGAAACUUGAUUCAUACGGAGGAAUUCAAGAGAAACUAGCAAGGAUGGCAUGUAUUCAGUAUGUAAAUCAGUCAAUUGCCUAUAUGGUUGCUGGUAACAUGGAUCUCGGAUCAAAUGAUUAUCACUUGGAAGCUGCAAUCUCAAAAGUAUUUGCUUCAGAAGGUGCAUGGUAUGCUUGUGAUGAAGCUAUUCAAAUUCUCGGUGGAAUGGGUUUCAUGAGAGACACAGGAUUAGAAAGAUUUUUACGUGACUUACGUAUUUUCAGAAUUUUUGAAGGAACAAACGACAUCCUUCGUUUAUUUGUUGCAUUGACUGGAAUUCAAUAUGCUGGUUCCCAUCUCAAAGAACUUCAAAGAGCCUUCCAAAAUCCAGCAACAAACUUAGGAAUUAUUUUCAAAGAGGCUCAAAAACGUGCAGGAUCUUACAUCGGAUUAGGUGGAGUUGACAUGACUGGACUCGUUGAACCAUCACUUAAAGAUUCUGCAAAACUUUGUGGUGAAUCAAUUGACAUGUUUUCACGUGCCGUAGAGUCACUCCUAAUAAAAUAUGGAAAGAGAAUUGUCGAUGAACAAUUUUUACUUAAUCGUCUCGCUGAUUCCGCAAUAGAUGUUUAUGCAAUGACUUGUGCACUUUCUCGUUGUUCGCGAUCACUUAAAGCUAAUUUACCUUCAGCUGAUCAUGAGAAAUUAAUGACUGAGACAUGGUGUGUAGAGGCGAGCGACAGAGUGAGAAUUAAUUUGAGGAAAAUCCACAGUGCAGAUUUCAACGAAAAUUACAAAAGGAUGUCCCUCAUUUCCAAAAAUAUUUGCGAGAACCAUGACAUAGUUCAAACAAAUCCAAUUGGAGUGUAAAACAUGAACUAAAGAUUUAAAUUAGAUC